AACACACAAAAAAAAGAUAACAAAAAAGAGGUGGGGAAUCCCGCCGUUGCGUUUAAAAUCCUCCCAAAGUUCGGAUUGAAGAAGUUUUGUUAAAGUAGAAGAAUGUCCAGAAGUGUACGCUUGAGCUGGUUCAGAAGCGCAAGAUGACGAACAUAAAGUCGUUCGCGUUCCUGGACCUGGAAACGACGGGCCUCCCGGAGUAUGAGUUCUCACGUACGAAAAUCACCGAACUCUCGGUGGUGGCCUGUUCCAGGCAGCAUUUACUUGAAUCGAACUCUGAACUGCCGCGCGUGGCGCACAAGCUGUCCCUUUGCUUCAAUCCAUUCCGCAUGAUAUCGCACCAAUCUUCGCAAUCUACGGGUUUAUACAACGAUUUACUGCAACACGAAAGCAAAUUCGAUGGCCAUGCAGGCGAACUGUUUAAAAUGUUCCUGUCCCGGUUACAGAAACCGAUCUGCCUAGUGGCACACAACGGUUAUCGGUUCGAUUUCAUUCUGCUGAAGAAGCAGCUCACUAGCAUCGGCAUCUCGUUGGAGGCCGGUACGGUGGUUUGCAUCGAUACCAUUCCAGCCUUCCGUAGCAUAGAGGCCGACAUCGAUCGAUUCACGCUGGAGAACUGCGACGGUCUGGAUGAUGCCGUGGCCGAGCUCGAGUAUCAGACGGUUCGGAUGCUGGAAACGAUGCAAAAUAGUGGUAGCGCCAAAGCGGACUUACCCGAAUCACUGACGCCACCGAAUGAGGAGAUCGAACGGAAGCACAAACUAGUAGUAAAGGCCUAUCUUUCCAUUUCCCCCGACGAAUGCCCUAAAAACGAAUCAAGUGAAACGACGGACGAGAAUGUUUCGCAGCAAGGAACGAUGGGAAUCCUGGAGUGUCUGGAGGUUGCGUCGACCUUCAUGGCAGACCAAAAGAAACGGAAUGAGAGGACCCCUCAGACUGGUCGAACCAGUAAUGAACAUGUUAAACUGGAACCGGAAGAUGAGUUUUUCGAACAAACGCAAAAGCAACCACCAGCGCCUCAGCCGUCUACUUCGAGUAAGGCUCGGAAGCGACUCUUCCCGGCCGGUAGUUCUACGCAAGGCACACAGAGCACACAGCGAAAGCGCUACAAUUUGUCGGAGGUUUAUAAGCGUACCGUUGGACGGGACUUGCAAAACGCGCACCGCGCAGAACAAGAUACAAUGGCACUGCUGGAAUGUGUCGCCGUUCAUGCGGGACGCUUCAUAGUGUACGCGGAGGAACAUUGUGUUCCUUUUGAGAACAUCAAAGGAAGCUUUUACUGAAUUUUACUUUACAGCAGCAGUGGGUCGUAGUAGAUCGUGUAACAGGUGAUGAUUUAUAGUAUGGUUUAUAAAGAUUUUUUACUCUUUUUAAGACUAAUUGCAACUCGUAAAACAAAUGAACGUCCGCGACUUCUCAGAAGGAAUGUAUUUCUUAAGGAUCUUGAGCACCGACGCAGCUGCCACGGUGGUAAAUUCAGAAGCGAUCUUCAAAAUUUCAUUAAGAGCAAAGAGACACAGUAAGCCAAUGUAGAAACCUAGGAAUCCUGGAAGACUGAAUCCAACUGCAGCGGGAUGAUCGAUCAAAGCGAAGAAAUACAAAUACCUUAUUUUUAUACAGAAAUACAGUGUGGGUUCUUUAGAAACC